AUGGCCGAGGCCCGGCGCCUUCCGCCGCCCGCAGCAACGCGCAGGCGCCGGCGCACCAGGGGCGGCCGCACGGCCCCGGCCCGGCCCGGCCCAGCCGCUGAGGCGGCCCGGCGGCCGGUGUUGCAAAAUACGAAUUGUGUAAAAAUGUUGUCAAGAAAGGAUGGGCUUUGGUCUUUGCAUACUUUCCGGCCUGAUCAACGAGAGAAGAGAUUAAUCCGUAUGAAAUGGCUUAUCUAGAUUUUAAGUGAUUUGAUAUUUACAACUAUCCAGAGUAUACAUGUAAGCACAGAACAUUUUAUUGAAUGUGGAGAUCCAAGUAAAUAUCAGAGGAUAAACUAGAUUCCACUUAUAAGGAUUUUGUUAGCACAUCUGAAUUUUGAUUGCCUCCCCAAGUCUAUUUUCAAGGAAAAAGGUAAGGUGGUAGUGUUGUUUUGAAACCCUAAAGAUACAGCUGUUUCAUUUUUCCAUUUCCAUAACAAUGUGUCAAGCGUCCCCAGUUACAGCUCCGGGAAUGAGUUCUUCUCAGGAUUCAUGACAGAUCUGUAUUUUGGCUGGGGAUCCUGUUUUGAUCCUGCACUCACCUGGAACAAACACACUGAGAAUAAGAAUACUAUGGUCGUAAUAUAUGAAGACCUGAAAGGGAACCUGACUGCCAGUGUAAAGCAAAUAGCUGAAUUCUUUGGAUUGUCCCCAACAGCUGAGCAGAUCCAGGCCAUUGCAGAAAGGGACACUUUCCAGCCAGUGAGUGUUAAAGCUCAGGAGACUCAUGGUGCUGUUGGCUCUCUUCUUUAUAUUCAAGGUAUUUUUGGAGACUGGAAGAAUGUUUUCGCUGAAGCUCGGAACCAGAAAUUGGCUGCCAAAUUCAUGGUGUGCUUACAAGUAACUAAGCUGGGGGUGAAGUUUAAAUAUGAUGUGUAUUGCAAGGCCUGA